AUGUUAUGGGUCUGGAUCAGAGUGAAGAGGAGAGGCAAGAAAAACUCCAACAUGUUAAAGAAUGUAUCAUUCCAGUAUCAUGCGUUUAUCUCCUACAGUCACCAGGACUCGGGAUGGGUGGACAGCCGACUGGUUCGCUCUCUGGAAGGUUCCGGGUUUUCACUCUGCGUUCAUGAGCGUGACUUUGUCCCUGGUGACUGGAUCAUAGACAACAUUAUCAACUGUGUGGAGUCUAGCUACAAGACGCUGUUUAUCCUCUCCAAACAUUUUGUCCAAAGUGAAUGGUGCAACUACGAGCUGUUCUUUGCCCAGCACAGAGCCGUUAACAUCCAGCAGGACUCUUUAGUGUUCAUACUGCUGGAGCCCAUUCCAACUGACUCCCUGCCCAAGAAGUUCUCGAGACUUAGAAGUUUACUAAGGCAGCAGACAUACCUUGAAUGGCCGAACGACGAACGGAAGCAGCAGGUUUUCUGGGCAAGUCUUAAAUCGAUGCUACGUGUUGCAGACAAAUCUAUGGUUCUGAAGGAUGUGGCUUUGGCCAUUGCUGAUACAGCAACUUUAGUUACAGACCAAAUCUAG